AUGGGCGUCAAGCUUCAGAUUCAGCUUCUCGAGGCACGCGGCCUGCCGCCCAAAGACAAUGGCGGUGCGAGAGACGCGUUCGUGCGGUUCCAGAUGGGCGGCUCGAAGGCCCGCAGCAGGAGUGUAGCUAAGGAAAACGAUCCGACGUGGCAGGAAGAAUUUAUCUUUUCGGUCAGCGACAUGGAAAAAGACGAACUGCUGGUAACGGUGUGGGACAAGAGCGUCUUCCUGGGGGAGGACUUUCUCGGGCAGCUUGUGCUGCCCGUGCGACAGGUGCUGGCGUGCGACAGCUACGAGCUCCAGGCGACGUGGUUCCCGUUACAGAACAGGCCUGUGCGACCGCGCGCGACGGUUACAGGCGACGUUUUGAUUUCCGCCAGCCUGUGGGGCGUUUUGUCGUUAGUGGCGGAAUCCGUCUCCCCUUCCUCCUUGCCAUCCAGCCCCCUCCUUCCGCCCACUCCCUCCCACUCCGCCCCCGCUGCCCCGUCUACUUCCCCCCUCGCCGCGCCUUCCCCCCUGCAGCAGCUGAAGCAGCGCCUGCACGCCUCCAAGCUGUCCGCCAGAUCAGCCAUCAGGUCAUUCGGGCACGCCGUGGAAAACAGCGUUGCCAAGGCCGGGCAGACCGUGCGUGGUGCCAACGCCAAGGGGGGUGGGGGUGCGCCCGUGGCGGCUGACGGGGAGGAGGGGGAGGGGGAGUCGCGGAGAGGGUCGUUGGGGGAGGGUGACGGGGCGGGCGGAGGGGGGAGUGGGGAGCCCAGGGGAGGGGGAGGUGGCACGGGGGAAGCGGGGGAGGUGGAGGUGCCGGGGGUGUGGUGGGAGCAGGAUAUGAGGGACGUGCCGAGUGCAGGGCCCAUGCCUGGGGAGCUAGCUGGAGGUGGUGUGUUGGUGGAUCAGGCAUUUGAUGCCGCCCCGCACGCUCUCUUUGCUGCCAUCUUCAAGCCCGACUCGCCCUUCUUCCAGGAAUUCGCCACCGUCGACUCAAAGGUCCAGUUUCCCCAACCUCCCCCCUCCUCCCUAACAGAACGCAAGCUGACACAAGUCAACAUUGGCCCAUGGUUUUUCACCGACAGCAGCACUGACAGCAGUCACAUUGAAGCAAAACUCAAUCGCAGCACAGCACACAAGGGCAUUAAGCCUCCCGCCAACCUGCCUCCCGCUGCUGCUCCCAGAGGCAGCGUAGGGGCAGAGCAGCCGCAGGAAGACACAGGUGCCGUGAUGCACCGCACUGUAUCGUACAUGACCGCGCCGUCCUCCCUUGUGAAGUCAGUCCAGGCAACAGAGGAGGUGCUGUGUGUGCGGGCAGAUGCAGGGGGCUUCCUGGUGGCUGUGACUGCGAAAACCCCUGACGUGCCGUAUGGAGGCACAUUCGAAAUUCACCUUCAGCUCUGCAUCACUCCGCUUACAGAGGAGAGCAUGGGCGCAGGAGGAGGAGCAGGAGGAGGGAACACAGGCGAGCAGAGCAGUAAAGUCCCAGCUUCAGCAGCAGCUGGUGAUGGGAGAGAGACAGGUGCAGAGGGCUCAGGCAGUGGGGUGAAGAGUCGGCUGCGAGUGUCGUAUGAGCCGUAUUUCCUGCAGAGCACGAUGAUGAAGGGCAUGAUUGAGAAUGGCAUCCGUACCGGCCUCAAGGAGUCGUACACCACCUUCCUCUCUGUUCUCACAAAGCACGUCCCUCCCUUCGUUUCCACUGCACCAUCCACCUCACUCUCCCAACCCUCAACCUCCCCUCCUCCCUCCUCCCCACUCGCCCGCCUCCUUUCCCUCCUCGGCGUCCCCCCCCACCUCCACACCUCGGAAACGGCAAUCGCCGAGGCUGCGCUCCGGGCGGCAGGCCCGCUUGCGCUCUUUGUCUUUUUCCUCGCAGUGGUGCUGCUGCCAAUGCACCUGGUGCUGGUGGCACGGGGAGGAGCAGGGGUGGUUCUGCCGUUACUAGACCUACCGGAUAGCUUGUUGGAGCUGCUAUGGUGUGCCGUAAUUCUUCUUUCCACCAACCACGUGGUUGCAAUGGCACGGGGCAUCAUUGUAUCAGAAUACAUCAAGAAGGGCGACCAUGGGAAGAAGGCAGUGGGGGAGGGGUGGCUGCUGACGGUGUCGCUGGUGGAAGGGGAGAACAUCGGAGACUCAGGUGUGGUGAUGAAGGCGGACCCGUUCGUGGUCUUCACUUGCAGCGGCAAGACCCGCACCAGCUCUGUGAAGCUGCAGACCAACAUGCCCAACUGGAACGAGGUGCUCGAAUUCGACGCCAUGGAGGACGCACCUUCCAUUCUCGAGAUCGAGGUUUUCAACUACGAUGGACCCUUCUCGGAACCUUCCCUGCUCGGCCGGGCAGAAAUAAACUUCCUCCGCCAGUCAGCGCAGGACCUGGCGGACCUCUGGGUGCCGCUGGAGGGCAGGCGGGUGAAAGUUCAAGCUGCCCGGAUCCGUGUUCGGGUGCUUUUGACCAAUACCUCAGAGGAUGUGGCCCCUCUAGUGCUUCAGAAGAUCAGCAAGGAAGUGGGCAGCAAGGGCGGCGUGCGGGAGUUUUCAGUGCAGAAGAACGCAGCCUUCCAGCGGCUAUUCGACCUGCCGGAGAGCGAGUGUCUCAUAAACGACUUCUCCUGCAUUCUCAAGAAAGGGCUGCUCUCACAGGGCCGCCUCUUCCUCUCCCAGCGGCUCCUCGCCUUCUACUCUUCUGUCUUCGGCACACGCAUCCAGUUCACGCUCCUCUGGGAAGAUAUAGACGAGAUUGACGACAGCGUGCCGUCUCUCUUCGACCCGGCUUCACUCUCUUCUCAAAAAGACACCAAGUCACAGCCAACCCCGCCUUCAUUGACAAGGUCGCAAACGACCAAGAGCCAGACGGGCUCCGCCGCCCAGAAGCCACCGGCUGCCGCCGCCCAGAAAUCGUCCAUGACAACCUUCAAGCGCAUGCUCAACCCUGCGAUCACCGUCUUCGUCAAAAAGGACAAGGGGACAGCGGAAACCCGGGCGGCGGCGUACGGCGUGGACUCUCAGGGGCGGCUGAAGAUCCGAUUUCAGUCGUUUGUGCGGCCGGGAGUGGCCUUCCGCCUCGUCCUUGCCUUAUGGCGCAACCGCAAUCUCCCCACCGACCAGCAGCUAGCUCGAGCCAAGGAGGAGGGAGAUGCAAGUGACAGUGGCGGGGAGAGAGGUGAGGGUACGACUGUGGGGAGGGACGGGGGGGCUGGGGCAGCAGGAGUAUCCAGCAGCGGAGGCCAUGUUUGGGCGGCGAGAGGAGGGGCAGGAGGGGGUCAGGAGGUGACAGAUUCGAGAAGGGAGUGGAUUGCAGUGGAGGACGGAGGAGGGGCGUUUAUGGGGGUGGAGACACGGGAGGUGAUAGAUGACCAGCUGGUGGGGGUACCCAUCACAGUACGACAGUUCCUCACAUCGUUUGAGGACCCAGCAGCCACUGCUGCCAUGAUGGAGAAGGCGGGGCAGAUGGGGGCGGAGAUCAGCGACUGGGAGGCUGUUUCUGUGGGUAUGGGGGACGGGGUGGGGCAGCUGGAGGGCCGGGCGGCGGGCGGCAGAGUGGGCGGCGUUCUUCGGCGCCAGCGCAGCGUCAAGUACCGAUUCUCUCGGCAGGUCCCUGUCCUCUCCCCAACCGUGACAGCGGUGCAGCAGAUGACGCAGCAAGUCAGCACCCCGGGCGGCACCCCGGGCGGCAGCCAGGAGGGCGGCAUCCAGUGGGCAUGUUUGGAGCAAGUGCUCACUCUCCACAGAGUGCCCUUCGGCGACAGCUUUCAGUUGGAGAUUUCUCAAGAGAUCCAGGCCAAGGAGACGUUCUCUCUGCCGGGCACUGCAGCAGGCACAGCAGCAGGCACAGCAGGUGGCGAGAGCAGCCCAGCAGACACGCCCUGCUCAUCUUCAACCUCAGCAGAAGCUGCUGCAACAGCUGCCAGGGGAGCAGCCGCUGUUGCCUCGGCUCUAGUUGCUGCUGCAGGCGCACUCAAACUCACAGCACGCGGGGGGGCAGCAGCAAGCGGAACGGCAGCAGGCGACAUCGGAGGAGCAAGUGGGGAGAGAGGAACAGCUGGCAGUACAGCAGGAGCAGGGGCAGCAGGGGGGGUAGCAGGGAGCGCGGGCAGGUUACAAGAGGGGGUGUUGCAGGAUGAGAAGGUGCGAUCGGUGCUGCAUGUGCGGGUGGCGAUUGCAUGGCACAAGGAGCUCAGUGAGGCCACACGCACCAAGAUCAAGAGCAGCAUCGGAAGAUUCUACAAGCAGCAGGCACGGCGUGUGGUAGAACUUAUGGCGGCUCAUGGGACCUGA